CUAGAAAAUCGAGAAUAUCUACGAUAUUUAAUUUGCUUGUGAUAAUGAUUUAAAAACCCUGUUCUUCUCAUUAAUUACCACAGCUCAAUUAUCAGAAUACAUGUUGUAAACCAAAAAUGGCGUCAGAACUAGAACAUCCAGUCGAUGUCGCACAAUAUCUGUUCACACGACUGUAUCAAUUAGGCAUACGGACAGUGCAAGGAGUUCCAGGAGACUAUAAUCUUGUCGCUCUCGAUUACCUGCCCAAAGCCGGCCUGAAAUGGGUCGGAAAUUGCAAUGAACUAAACGCCGGCUACUCUGCUGACGCAUACGCCAGAGUCAAAGGCAUAUCAGCAAUGGUGACUACAUUCGGCGUCGGCGAGCUGUCAGCCCUAAAUGCAAUUGCGGGAGCAUAUUCAGAACAUGUCCCUCUUGUUCAUAUUGUCGGACAACCUAGUACUGCGUCCCAGCGGGACGGCAUGUUGUUGCAUCACACACUCGGUAAUGGCGAUUACUACGUGUUUGCUGAUAUCAGUGCCAAACUAUCGAUUUGCAAUGUUAGAAUUACGGAUCCCCACCGAGCGCCUAGUCUUAUUGACCAUGCACUGCGUCAGUGUUGGGUCGAAAGUAGACCGGUGUAUAUAGCCUUGCCAACGGAUAUGGUGCAGCAGAAAAUUGAUGGAAAAAAACUAGCACAACCAAUCGACUUGGACCCGCCGCCGAAUGACCCCGCCAAAGAGGAGUAUGUGGUAGAUGUCGUGCUCAGAUAUCUUCAGGCUGCCAAAAACCCGGUCAUCUUGGUUGAUGCUGGGGCAGCUAGACACGAUGCACUUGACGUCGUGCACGAGUUAAUCCAGAAGUCAGGACUACCAACCUUCGUCGCACCCAUGGGGAGGGGAGCAGUUGAUGAAACACUCCCCAAUUUUGGUGGUGUAUAUGCUGGUAAUGGCUCUAAUGAAGGAGUAACUGAUCGAGUUGAAUCUGCCGAUCUCAUCCUCAGCAUCGGACCGCUCAAAUCUGACUUCAACACCACCGGUUUUUCCUACAGGACGAGUAAGCUGAACACUAUCAAUUUCGAUACCGAUCAUGUCGAGGUGCGGUACUCGUUAUAUACCAACAUUAGGAUGCGGGGUGUUUUGGAAAAGGUGAUACAGAGAAUGGGGACGUGGAAUGUUCAUCCUGAGAGGAUACUCACGACUAGGGUUUCUCCACAACUUCAUGGAAUACACACUGAUAGCUCGGAAAUAACCCAUUCCUGGCUGUGGCCAACGGUCGGGAGCUGGCUACAAGAAGGUGACAUUGUCAUUACUGAAACAGGAACUGCUAAUUUCGGAAUCUGGGAGACUAGAUUUCCCAAGGGCGUUACUGCGAUUAGCCAGGUUCUGUGGGGAAGUAUUGGAUACUCCGUCGGCGCCUGCUUGGGGGCUACCUUGGCUGCUCGCGAGGUGGGAAACCGACGAGUCAUUCUUUUCGUUGGAGACGGCAGUUUCCAAAUGACGGCGCAAGAAGUAAGCACGAUGAUUCGCCAGGGAUUGAACCCAAUCAUAUUUGUCAUUUGCAAUGAUGGAUACACUAUUGAGCGGUAUAUCCAUGGCUGGGACGAUGAAUACAACGAUAUUCAAACAUGGCAUCAUGGCAGUCUAGUGCAGGCUUUUGGGGCCAGCAGCCAAAGUCGAUAUAAAACGUAUCAAGCCAAAACCAAGGCUGAAUUGCACUCGCUCUUCACAAGCCCAGAGUUCAGCGGAUCUUCUGUCUUUCAGCUAGUCGAGAUCUUCAUGCCUCGAGACGACGCUCCCAUCGCCCUGAAACUCACAGCAGAGGCCGCAGCGAGCAGGAACGCAGCGGCUUAGGUAGCGACGCUGCGAUGAAGAGACAUAGCCAGUAGCCAAACCAGUUCUAUCAUGAAUGAUGACGAAGUGUAAACAAACAUGAUAAAAAAUGCAAAAUAAAAAUAGAUAUUCAACACGUGAUGUGCCCGAUUCGGCGAGGGCUCAUGUGCUUCCCUGGAAUGUGCGGGCCGUGAUUGGCCACCGCGGUGAAUCGACGUCAUCGAGCCUCGCUGCCUCAGGAAGUAAUUAAUACUAAGUAGGAGUAGUUAACCCCUCCAUAGUAGACAACGUGA